GGGGUGUGGGCGGGGAGCGGCGGAGGGAGGAGGAGGCGCUGCUGGCCGCCGCCGUUGCCUCCGCUGCUGGGCGCCUGGGCAGUUCCCCGGGUUCCUGCGGCCGCCAUGGACGAGCAGGCGGGUCCCGGCGUCUUCUUCAGCAACAACCACCCGGGCGCCGGCGGUGCCAAGGGUCUCGGGCCUCUGGCGGAGGCUGCCGCGGCCGGCGACGGGGCGGCUGCGGCGGGGGCGGCCCGAGCCCAGUACAGCCUCCCGGGUAUCCUGCACUUCCUGCAGCACGAGUGGGCCCGCUUCGAGGUGGAGAGAGCCCAGUGGGAGGUGGAGCGGGCGGAGCUGCAGGCUCAGAUUGCCUUCCUUCAGGGGGAAAGGAAAGGUCAAGAAAAUUUGAAGAAGGAUCUUGUGAGGAGGAUCAAAAUGCUGGAGUAUGCUCUUAAACAGGAAAGAGCCAAAUACCACAAGCUGAAAUACGGGACAGAAUUGAAUCAGGGAGAUAUGAAGCCUCCAAGCUAUGAUUCUGAUGAAGGUAAUGAAACAGAGGUGCAGCCACAACAAAACAGCCAGUUGAUGUGGAAACAAGGUCGACAACUACUCAGACAGUAUCUACAGGAGGUGGGUUACACAGAUACUAUUCUAGAUGUGAAAUCCAAACGAGUGCGAGCUUUGCUGGGCUUUUCAAGUGAUGUCACUGACAGGGAAGAUGACAAAAAUCAGGACUCAGUUAUAAAUGGCACAGAAGCUGAAGUUAAAGAGACAGCAAUGAUUGGGAAAUCCGAGUUAACAGAUUCUGCCUCUGUGCUGGAUAAUUUUAAAUUCCUUGAAAGUGCAGCUGCAGAUUUCAGUGAUGAAGAUGAAGAUGAUGACAUUGAUGGAAGAGAGAAAAGCAUUAUUGAUACCUCAACGAUUGUUAGGAAAAAAGUAUUGCCCGAUUCCAGUGAAGAUCGAGAUACAAAAGAAGCUCUAAAGGAAUUUGACUUCUUGGUUACAUCAGAGGAAGGAGACAAUGAGUCUAGAAGUGCAGGCGAUGGAACAGACUGGGAAAAGGAAGACCAGUGUCUCAUGCCUGAAGCUUGGAAUGUGGACCAGGGAGUAAUUACCAAACUCAAGGAACAAUACAAAAAGGAGAGAAAGGGGAAAAAGGGGGUGAAGAGGCCCAAUAGGUCAAAACUACAAGAUAUGCUUGCUAAUUUGAGAGAUGUUGAUGAACUUCCCUCCUUGCAGCCAUCUGUGGGCUCACCUUCCAGACCCAGCAGCUCCAGGCUUCCUGAACAUGAAAUAAAUAGGGCAGAUGAAGUGGAAGCCCUGACAUUUCCUCCUUCUUCUGGGAAGUCAUUCAUCAUGGGAGCAGAUGAGGCCCUUGAAAGUGAACUGGGACUUGGAGAACUAGCAGGCCUCACAGUGGCCAAUGAAGCAGAUUCAUUAACUUAUGAUAUAGCAAACAAUAAAGAUGCGUUGAGGAAGACAUGGAACCCUAAGUUUACAUUAAGAAGUCACUUUGAUGGCAUUCGAGCCCUUGCUUUCCACCCCACUGAGCCUGUUUUGAUAACAGCAUCAGAGGAUCACACAUUAAAAAUGUGGAAUUUGCAGAAAACAGCCCCAGCCAAAAAGAGUACUUCUCUCGAUGUGGAGCCUAUCUAUACAUUCAGGGCUCAUAAAGGCCCAGUGCUUUGUGUGGUGAUGAGCAGCAAUGGUGAGCAGUGCUACAGUGGUGGUACUGAUGGACUGAUCCAGGGCUGGAACACCACCAACCCCAACAUCGACCCCUAUGACUCUUAUGAUCCUUCUGUUUUAAGAGGCCCUCUCCUGGGCCACACCGAUGCAGUCUGGGGCUUGGCUUACAGUGCAGCACACCAGCGUUUGUUGUCCUGUUCAGCAGAUGGCACUCUCCGUGUAUGGAAUACAACUGAGGUGGCUCCAGCCCUGAGUGUGUUUAAUGAUAAUCAAGAAUUGGGAAUCCCUGCCUCUGUGGAUCUAGUAAGCAGUGACCCAAGCCAUAUGGUAGCAUCAUUCAGCAAAGGAUACACGAGCAUCUUUAACAUGGAGACACAACAACGCAUUCUCACUUUAGAAUCCAACCUAGAUUCAACAGCUAACUCUUCCUGCCAAAUAAAUAGAGUCAUCAGUCAUCCCACUCUUCCUAUCAGCAUCACUGCUCAUGAAGACAGGCACAUCAAAUUCUAUGAUAACAAUACAGGCAAGCUGAUCCACUCGAUGGUAGCCCACCUAGAAGCCGUUACAAGUUUAGCAGUUGACCCUAAUGGCCUGUACUUGAUGUCUGGCAGUCAUGACUGUUCAAUACGUUUAUGGAACCUAGAAAGUAAGACCUGUAUCCAAGAGUUCACAGCUCAUCGGAAAAAGUUUGAAGAAUCAAUUCAUGAUGUAGCUUUCCACCCAUCCAAAUGCUAUAUAGCCAGUGCUGGGGCUGAUGCACUGGCUAAAGUCUUUGUAUGACACAAUGCAUCAUCUUCACCUUCUAGCUCUUUAUAAAUAAUCAACUGCACAAAAGAAAUACAGAAGACCAGGGCAAGAAUCAACCCAUCCAGCCCUUUUGUUCUGCUGAAGGAGCACAGAGAACAUUUGUUAUAGUUUUGCAAUUCAUAUACUGUUUUCUAAAACUAAGGUUUGUUCAGGUUGCUGCAAGCUCAGCUGAAUCUGUGAGCCUGAAAAACUUUAAAAUUCUUCCCAAAAUAGGAGCUUUUAUUUCUGAGGUUGUUCUAAUUCGCUAGGCAGGCCUGAGCGAAGAACAUGGGUUUAGCUUGUCCUUAAAUUGAGUAAAUAGGGCACACUAUAAGGGGUGAAUAAAAAGCUUGAUGGCAGGGAGUGGGUAAAGGGAGAACAGAAAUUUAGACCUAGUUCUUCCCUGAGAAAUCUUGUUAAACACAGUAGGUAAUCAAAACAGUAAUCUUUACCGUGUCUGCUGUACGAACCCCUAUGUUCACAAUGACCAGGCAGUGUUUAAAUGAGUUUUUAGUUUCACCCUCCUUUCAACUGUUCACAUAAAGCACCUGGCAAAACAUUUUACCUAUUAAGGGGGAAAAUGCAAUAAUAUGUUAAAUAUAUUAUUAUUCAGAAAUGCUAAACAAAUAAUUUAGUUUGUAAGCAGAUUUCUGUAUUACAUUUUUGAAAAUAGAUUUGGGACCAUCUAAAGUUUAGCUGUCAAAAACACCAUUAUGAAGAGUAGUUGAUAGAAUCUGCUUUUACUAAAGGAUUUAACUUAUUCAGGGUUAAGAUUCUGUUUAUUUUUAAGGGCAAGCAGGGCACAUGUUUAUAAUAAUUUCUAUUAAUUUUAAAAUUCACUUUAUUCAUGUGACAUUUAUAGUACCACAGAGAUUAUUUCAUAUCAAUGAAAUCUUACCUUUUGGUGGUUGAAAAGAUGGAGGAUAUUUACAAGUACUCGUUUAUCAAAACGUACAAAACCAUGCUUCAGAUGAUCUCUCCUUUUUCUUCAUGUCUCAGAUUCAAAUCACCUGACACCUACCAAAAAUAGUUCAUAAUUAUUAUGUUUUAACAGUCCAAAGGGUAUGGUUAACCUCAGGCAGCUUCUUUUGCAGAAGUACUAAAUAAAGCAACUAUUUUGUACCCCAGAAGGUUCCCUGUUACUGUCUCCAAGAAGAACCUGUUGGAAAUCUGGGUGGAAUAGUUUGGUGCCUAAUAUUGGCUAAGGAGUUCUCUUUUUGUUUCCCUCUCCCUACCCGACCUCCAUUGGUUAACUGGAAAACACAGCAUGUUUUAACAGGCAGAAAAUCCAUAUUGUUUCUAGGAAAAACCAUGUCUUAAAGGACCAGAGUUCCCUGUGCGCAUCUUACCUAUGACCCACGUAUGGUCAGCUCUUGAGAUUCCCAUGACCCACUCUCUGGACCUGGUAUAUAGACUUCAUCCCCACAGCAGUCUAGCCACUCCUCACACUCUCUUUCUUGUUUGCCCCAAAUGUCAGAGACCAAUAUAGAAAUUAGAAAUAAGUUACUAAUGCCUAAAUUUUCAGCAAGAUAUAUUUUAAUAGGCUCUCAGACUUUAAAAAAAAAUCCAUAUCCAUAAAUAUUUUAACUUUUUAAUAUAAUUCCUACAUUCCUAUGCCUACAUAUUCCAUCAUCAGAAGAAAAAUAUUCUGGUGAUGGUGUAGAUAUUAAUUGACAAUUUUUCUUUAACAUUUCUGCUUAUCUGCCUCUAGAAUUCUGCAAUAUACAGGGAGAUUUUCUUUAAAGACCAGUGUUAAACUUGCCUGAUUGAUAUACAGAUAUGCUUUAAUAUUUUAACACAACUACCUUGUCAUUUCAUCUGUUCUGUGCUUUGGUUAACAGGGGGCUCAAGGGACUCCUUUGUAUAUUCAAAUGAAUUGACUUGGAUGUGAGCUACCAGGCAAAUAUUUAUAUUCCCAAGUAGAUAUAGAAUUCCACAUUGUUUUUGGUGGAUUCCUCUUUGAGGUCUUCGCAGAGUAAAUAAACGAUGUUGCUGACCUAAUAUUUGUAGAAGGAUACUGGAAAAUUCCAGUCGUGAGCCCUUAAUUGGCAUACUUAUGAUGGAUGACUGCAAGGUAUUGUGCUACCAGUUACUGCUUUUUAAUUACCUUCCAAGGUUUUCAGUGCCUGCUUUACUUACGUCACUGGAAUUCUUAAAACCAAGACACUUUCUUCACCUGCAUUUUAUGUCUCAUGGUUAAAAUUUUUCUGUUAGUGAGUGGAAAAUAACCAUGAGAUACGUUGACUGUAGUACAAAUGAUGGAACUGUUGAAAGUUCCUUAGAAAACCAGAGCUGUGCUCUUGGAGAUUGUACCCAGAAACAGAUUCUUCUCUGCUGGCACUGUAUGAUCUCAGCCUAGACACGAGCCAAAGCUGUCUUCCAGCCAGAUAGAACCAUAUACACAUGUCUGGUUUUUCCCUCAGCCUAUCAAAAAUUCAGUGCAAAUUGACAAAAUGAACAAAUUCCAGUUGCAAACCGUCACUGAAAUGCUUUCAUAGUGCUUGAUUUGUAAGUAAUUUUGGAUGAAAUGUGUUGGAAUAGUAUGAAAAUCAGCAGGAGGUGUGGGUCCCUGCCUUAUUUUCAUAUGCUGUGGAUACAUCUCUGGGAGCUUGCAGCACCCUCUGGAAACUCAGCUAUCACAUGGAGCUCAUUUGCUACUCAAACCAUAGCAGAUAUUUAACAUAAGUGAUAUAAUGACCUUCAGUAUUUUUCUAUUGAACAAGUUUAGCAAUUUUUGCCAUUAAACAGAUAAUUAGUUAUGCAAAGUAUUUAGCUUUUAUAAUCAUUUUAGUUAUGACUAAAAGGGGGGAAAUUGAGCUGCAUCACCGAUAAAGAACUUUGUGAGAAAUUUUUGGUUUAUCUGACUUCCAUUCCUUCAGUAUUGCUAUAGAUUUCUUUUCGAGAUAAUGAUGAAGAUUUAUUUGAAAAUGUCUAAAAUGUAUGUAUAUUUUAUAAAUAUAUAUUAUAUAUAUUGUAGGGAUAUAUAUAAUAUAUAUAGACUAUAUAUAUAUAUAUAAAACCAUAGGUGCAUUUUACUGUUGUAUUUUCAUUUUUGGAGGUGGUGUACACAGCAGGUAAUGAUGAGUAUGACGAGUGUUGUGCUAUUUGCUUUUGCAGUAUAAUAUAUAGUUCUAAAUGUUUAAAUUACUGUAUAUACUAUAUUCAUUAUAGGCUAGCAUGCUUGUUUUAAAGACUGUCAUUCUAGUUUAUUAAAAUCUGAAUGUAAGAAAACCUGGCUAUUCAAAUGUGAAUUGAAAAAUAUUCCAUUCUCAGUACUGAACUAUUUCCAUUGAACAUUCAGGAUUUUUGACAAAACAGAUAUCAUCAAGAAGGCAAUAGCUAGAGAAUGAGAGGUGCCUUUCAAAAAAAUACAAAUGCAGCCUUACAGUGAGGAUGAGGAUUUAAGUUUUUUGCGGGGAAGGGGUGAGAGAGAGAGAGAGAGAGAGAGAGAGAGAGAGUGUGUGUGUGUGUGUGUGUGUGUGUGUGUGUGUGUGUGUGUGUGUGUGUUUGCCAAUCUGUGAAGGUCCUGAUUUGUGACCAUCAAUGUCUUUUUAAUGUAUCUGUUCAACUUUUAGGACUUCAGGGGACAUUUCAUGCGCUUUGUGCUUUUCUGAGCACCAUAUGUACUUUCCAAGAAUUUUGAAUGUGAAUUCCUAGAAAUUUCAGUGGAGAAGAAAAUAACUAUUCUUUCAUUAUAAGUCAAGUUCAGAUAAAAGGAGAAAUUGAUUCACCAAAAUUAUGGGAUCUCAUUAAUGUUGGCUGAGUAAAUGUAAUUUUAAAAGGCUCACUUUUUUAGCAUUUCAUAUAUUUCCCCCUUACGCAAGAGCAAAUAAUGAAAUUCUUAUCUGAUCAAGAUUCAACUAGUAAAAAUUAUUUUUAGAUUAAACACCUGAAUUAGUUAAAAUUCCACCUAAGAAUAGUGUUUAAAUGGCAUCUUUCAUAUCUACCUCUUUGUCAUUGCUGCCAUUGUGACUCGAGCAGAUCUUUAUGACAUCUAAAACAAUGGUUGGAUGCAAUUUAAAAAUCAGUGUUGGUGCUUUUCUUAGGCUUUGUCAUUUCAGUUAUACUGAACAAAGAUGUCACAAAUCAGAUUGAAAGACUUAGAAUUAAUUUUGAUUUUCUUUUGAAAGAACUGCUUAAAAUUUAUCAUCAGUGUUGAUAAUAAGUGGAGAUAAUCUCUGGUUAGUCUAUGUCUGUGUGAUAUUUUCAACCCAGACCCAAACUGUUAUUCAUUUACAUGGGAAAAGAGCUCUAAGUAUAAUUUUCUUCAGCUUACCUUAUUCUUUGAAAGCUAUUUCGAGGCUAUUAAGUACCUAAUCUUUAAUUUUAUUUACUCAGAAAAUGCCUUCGUUACUGUGUUACUUGUUUAGUUAUUUAUAAAAUUGCAGUAUUUUGUUUAACACUGGGAUUUAGUUUGUACAAAAGUAGUAGCUGACAGAAACUGUAUGUAUGUUUUUCUGAAAUGUGUCAAUUCCUUAAGUUCAUUUUAGAGGAAGGUCCAGUAAACUAAUGUAUCCGUGUUUAAAAACAAAGGACAGGCUAGGUCAUUGGUAAAUGAUUCGAAUCAUUUUACUUUUGCCACUGAAAGCUUUUUAAUUGACCAUAUCCAUCAUCUAACUGGAUCUCAGUGUCAUUGUAAGGGACACCAGGUUCACAAGGUAUUAAACAGAUAGCAUCUUUUUUUUUUUUUUCCCAGUCCAAAAAAAGGGGCAAAUAUAAAGCCAAACAGUGAUCCUUAGAUCCUACUUAUUUAUUCUGGCAGUAUUCCUAAAGUGGUGCUUAAGGGUCAGAAUUUUUUGAAUCUUUGCUAAUCAAGCUUUAGGUUUGAUUUAACUGGGACCACAUGCUUGUCAUCCCCCAGAUGCAAAUUAGAAAGUUCAUUUUAAUUGAGAUUAACUCUAAUGUCUGCCUGAGUUUUUAACAGGCUAUGAACCAGUGAGUGCCUUGUUAAUGUAGAAUGAUUUUUCCCUGGUUGUGUUAGCUUCUCUCUGAAAAUGUCUCAAAGAAUGGUGUUUUAGUUGACUUGUAGGGAGCUGCUAAAGUUGGUAUUAUCAGGAAUCAGAAAGUCUUCAGUCUACCACAUACCACCCUCCCUACUUUCUUCUCAUUGUUUGGCUGAAGCUUGCCUCUUGUGAGAAACAAUGCAACCCACUUCUCCACAUAGUUUUUUUCCAAUCCAGAUUAAGAGGUAUCCCGUAGCCCUGUCCCAACUAUAUGAUCUAAUACCUGUUUUUAGGAGAAACUGCUUCUUUGUAAUCCUGUAAUCUACUGGCUAUGUCUUCUCAACUUCAGUUUACUAGCGCUGACCUCAGGGCAUCAUCAUCAGUUCAGACUCCUGAAUAACUCCUUUCUCCACACCCUUCCAGCUGGUGAGCCCUGGGCCAGACUGUUUGAUAUUCAGGUAUUUUAAAUUUUAGGUAUAAUAUCAAUUAAUGUAAAUUAACCCAAAUGCUAAUUUUUGUGGUGCAAGAAGAUUCUUUUGUAAAUUCAGGGUAUGGAUAAGCUAAGAUAUCCUUUUUUGGUGGCUCUAAGUGUAUUAUUUGUUUUUAAAUAAAGUGUACAACUAUAGAUAAUGUGCUAUAGGUGUCUCAUGAAUUGAAAUAUUUGUCAGAUUUGGAAUCCAGUGGAAUUGCAGUUAAGAUACUUUAAUACAACCUGAUUUUGUUUUGGGGGAGGUAAUAGAGGGGUACAGGGAAAUAAAAGUGUGUUAGACAAAGUAGAUGUAAAUCCAAAGUAAUGAACCAACCUUAAUUAUUGAUUGUGAGGAAUAUGGAGAAGUUUAUCAUUAUAUAGAGUUUGGACCUUUGGAAAGCCAGUAAAAUUAAAAUACCCCAUAUGAUUGGAUCAUGAUACUUUCAGGGACACAUGUAUAUUUUUUCUCAUGUUCAGUUACAUAAUUAAAAAAUUAUAUACACACAUA